AUAAUAUAGAAAAUUCAAUUGUAUACAAACUUUCCAAGCACGGGGGUAGUUGUUUGCUUGUUCAUUAGUAAGCGGAAAGGCAGAAAAGACGAACUGUCAACAGCGGCGACCAACAACAAUGUCGAUGUGAACGCAUUACCUGCGGCUGCAACGCAAAACUACGAAAGCAACAACAACUACAGUUUCCAUUACUACUAUAAUCUAACAUUAGCAGAUGGAAAACUGGCUGAUGAAAGCAACUCUAGCGGUCCGGCGAAGAAUUUCAAAUUGAAUUUGCAAAAUCACCUGCCAAUCAUAAUGGAGCUGAAUGAUAAGGCAAAUCUCACCGCCAUCACAUGGGCGCAUGCGGUGAAUAGUCAAAGCGAGUUGAAUGAAGCGCUCGAGAGUGACAUCAACAUGAUUGAGGCGGACAUCGUGCUUGGCAAGCUCAAUAAUACCGGCGAUGAUAUGCCAGUGAUGGCGCAUCCGCCAGCCAAUUCCUCAGAUCUCACACUGACCGAAUUCUUAUUGCGUAUUUUGGAGCAUAACGAGGAGCAUGGCGAGGAUGCAAAGGGCGUGAAGCUGGAUUUCAAGUCCAUCGAAGUAUUUGAAGGUUCAUUGGAUAUAUUAAGUGAACUGUUGCCAUUGAUGUCCCAUCCCGUUUGGCUCAAUGCAGACAUAAUAAGCGGUCCAGUCAAUCAGUCAGAUACAGUGCCCGUAGAUCCGGCACGUUUCUUUGCUGGCGCCGCAAAAUUCGAAUCAGCUGUGCUCUCAAUUGGUUGGACCACACGUUGGGGUGCCAACUACACGGAGGGUGCGUAUACGGCGCAGGAGAUCGAUGAAAUGUUGCUGGCGAUUAAGAACAACAAUGUCACCGAAAAACAACAUCCCAUUACAUUUCCAGUACGCGCGGGUAUUGCUGCUAACAGCUUGGAUCAAUUGCAUCGGCUUGUGGCUGCCGUGAAUGAAACGAACGAAAGUUCGCUCACAAUUUGGUCAUCGGCGAAUGAUUUUGUUGAUGUGCAAAAGUUGCGUAAACUAAUUUUCUCCUUCGGUUUUGAUCGUGUCUAUUUGGAUGUGCCCGAUGAGUUGGCUAAUCAAUUGGAAUUGAGUCGUGCUGACACGAAUGAUGCACCGCGGAGGUUACCAUCUUUGCUUAGUUUUAGUAUGGUGAGCGCGUGUUUGUAUUUGGCCAGCAUGUGGUUGAGUCGAGUUAGAUUGUAAGUUAACAAGAUGAGGUAUUUUCUACAAACAUAUUUACAUGACAAUUGCAAACUUCUGACAGCAGAUAUGACAGUCUAUUAUCAAAUAAAUAUAAAUAUUUCACUAAGUAAAGAGCAGUUUCCUUGACUGGGUAGGUUGUUGUUGUUGUUGUUGUUGUAGUAGCGGUUUGUCAACGUCGCUUAGGAACAGGCUGGAUUAGUUUAAGUCAUCGAGUUCUUCUAACGGCAGGUCUAAGAAGCGAGCUGUUACAAAGGCUUCGGACCAGAGGGAGAGGAAGGUUAGAUGUGUUGGUGGUUAGUGUCAGGCGGAGACUCGUUGCUUGCAGGACAUAAAUUAAUAUGUCGUCGUCGAGUCUGGAUAAGAAGAGUUUAAUCUGCUAAAAUAUCCAGGCCAGAGUUGUGUCGGUACUACGCGGGAUUCCCGAGGAAGCUAGAGCUCUUCGUCUGCCAUAGGCGAUGGUUUGAUUCCAUUCACAGGGAGAGAGUUUAUUAAGGUUUCCACGAAUUCUAGGUGAAUGACGUUUUAUGCUUGUCUGUGCGCCUUUUUGUCCAGCGGUUGUUGUAAAUGGUGUUGAUCACAGUUCUUUAGGUCGAGUUCUUCCUUUCUGACAAGCCUGAGUUAAGUGAGGUUCGGCUCCUCCCUACGGUAGCUUCCAAGCAGAAAUUGCUUGCUCAGCGAAGUAUAUGUGCCACCAGUUAAAGAGCACAAUGCUUUGCUGUGCAAGCAAUUUCGGCUACGAAGUGAUGCUCUGACAACAUCAGAAGGUUUCCUGUCACACUCCUGAGGACGGCGUUUUAGCAGGCUUGUAACUUCUUCAACUGCAUUUCGUUAGGCUCCGGCGGCCACAUCGGUGCUGCAUAGUUUACCAACGGCCAAUAACCUUGCAGGUUGCCAGCAAACGUUUGUUUAUCUUUUAACGAUGCGCCGACGGCUAACGCUUUUAGGAUUUUGUUGCUGCUAUGGCGGAGUGAAGAAGUGCAGGCGGUUGAAUGUGAAUUUUGAAAUUUGAUCUCGAAAUUCCACCGAUUAUUGAAGACCACUCAGGUAAACGCUGGCCCAUCUCUUCAAUCUCGGUGGUAAUGAGGAUUCGUCAAUAUCUUAUAGGGGCACUGAAUGAUUGACAAUGCUAUCAGGACAGUUUUCGUUUUUAGUUGAUAUCAUUGCCCAUCUGGGUGUUUAUGGCAUUAGGUGUAGUUGUGGGUUUCUGAACUCUAUGAAAGCCAUGCUGUUGUGCUGCUGGACUUACCAUUUUCCACAUGUCGCGAAUAUUUAGGGCGGUCAGAUACAAGUUGAAGACAUUGGUGAGAGAGUCUGCUCCUUAGGACCAGAAGUGUUUUAAAAUCAUCAUUCUUAUUCCGUCGGGGCGGAUGGAUUUGCAGGCUUGAUCGCGCCAGAGCAGAAUCUACAGGAUAUUAAGUGCAUAUCUCACUUAUUCCGCGUGUGAAUGUCAACUUGAUGCCGAGUGCAGUAGCAGCUAAGAUCGUUGGGUAGCAGAGUCUGUUAUUAACCAGAGGAGAAAGUUUCAGCUACCGAUCGCAAUAUUUUUUUUUCAUAAAACAGCCGCUUAAAAGAGAACUGUGGGGCGGCAUCCUAAGCUCCCUAUUUCGGAAUGAUCAAAAGAACAGCUGGUACGAUGAAGAUUGUCGCGGCUGCAUACCUGACACUACGUUGCACACGGAGUGGGAUAUAUACCAAGAAUUGAAGAAGAAGCUAGACUGAGAAAGUAAAAAGACCGAAAUACAUGCGUAUGACGAGCUCGAGAUGCAUGCCGAUAGGUUUAAUGAAUGAAUGUGGUCCAGCGUAUGCGGAAUAUAUGCAGGGAACACUUCGCUAGCCUGCAGAAUAGCACAUUAAACAAAAAGUCAUUGCAUUCGCAAUUCGGCUCCAACGUUACUAUAGACAGUCUUAACUUCGAAGUUGUAGAUAAUUUCGUCUACUACGCCUACCGACUUUGGACUAAGUAGACAAUUGAAAAGCAAAAUCCUCUCUCGACGAACAAAGACCAAAGUACGCACGUCGCCCAUCGUUUUCGUUCUGCUAUAUGGUGCGGAAGCAUGGACGAUGAUAACAUCUAAUGUUUUUAUUGUUGUUGUUGUAGAAGUUCGCU